AUGGCGCCCAAAAAUCGCAUCAUCAUUGACACCGACCCGGGGGUCGACGACGUCCUGGCCAUCUUGCUUGCCCUCGCCGCCAAGGCCGAUGAUCUCGAAGUGCUCCUCAUCUCCAUUACCUUUGGCAAUGUCGACGUACGCUCCUGCUUACGCAACGUCGUCGCCAUCUUCCACAUCUUGCAGAAGGAAGUGGCUUGGCGCGAACAGCAGGGCAAACCGAUCGGAUUCGAAGGUCUGACCAAGUUCAAGCCGAUUGUCGCCAUCGGUGCGGAGGAACCCCUGCAAGACCGCAUCGAGAGCGCUGAUUACUUUCAUGGGACUGAUGGAUUGGCUGGGACACACACCAGUCAUCCUCAUUUCUCGCCCGAGGAGAGUUGGAACCGGCUGUUCGAGCAACCUCCCCCGGACAGUUUCAUCACCGAGAAGGCCAAACCUGAAGUCGAUCUCGAGGCAGACACCAAUGCCUUCAUCCCCUCUCUCGAGCCGGCACACAAGGAGAUCCUUCGCCUGCUCCGGGAGAAUGAACCCGACACCAUCACCUUGAUUGCUAUCGGCCCGCUCACCAACUUUGCUCUGGCUGCCGCCGAAGACCCAGAGACGUUUUUGCGAUGUAAAGAAGUGGUCACCAUGGGGGGCACCGUCGACGGGAUCGGCAAUGUCACGCCUGUCUCGGAAUUCAACGUCUAUGCCGACCCCUAUGCUGCUGCUCGGGUGUAUGCGCUGUCAUCACCCAUCCCCGCAAGCACCAUGCCCAUUGCCACCGAAGGGGAACGCAGCUUUCACCUCUCGCAAUACCCCGCGCGUCUGUCCAAGCAGCUGAAACUCACACUCAUGAGUCUCGACAUUACGGAAUACCACAUGCUCAGCCGCCGCGAGUUCAACGCCUUUGCCAAGCCACAUCUGGAGGCUGGGUCUCCGCUCGCGGCGUGGAUGACGGCGUUCAUGACCCCUAUGCUUGACAAGAUGGAACGUCUCCACAUCGGCCAUGAGGGCGAAGGCGCCGCAUUGGCCCUGCACGAUCCGCUGUGCAUCUGGUACGUGUUGACACACGAUGACCCGUUGUGGAAAGCGAGCGCGCGCAGUCCGGAAGAUAUCCGAAUCGAGACGGCCGGUCAGUGGACUCGAGGCAUGACGGUGGGCGACAAACGAGCCAGACGGAGGAGAAAUUCAGACGGGGAGGUGCCACAUGACAGAGGCAACUGGCUGGGCAACAAGAGUGGCAACCGGGUGUAUCGAAUGCUGGAGAGUCCGGGCAGGGAGGAGGCCUCAAAGUACCUGAUGAAGGCAAUUUUCGAGGCAUGA